AUGCUUCACGGCUGUGUGACGGCUUCGACCGAUGAGCAGCAGCAAACUUCAACCGGGCACUCGAUACCGCACGAUGAAGAACCACCACCGGAGCUGCUCGAUCUCGCCAUUGUGGGAGCUGGGAUUUCGGGUCUGAUGGCGGCCAGAACGGUGCGAGAGAAGCGGGCCGGCAUUCACUUCCGGGUGUUUGAAAAGUCCGCCCAUCCCGGCGGUUUGCUCGGUGGGUUGAAAGCGCGCUGGAUAACGCGGCACCACUUCCACGCGAUGAGCCUCUGUCGGGAGCUAAACAUUCCGCUGACCACGGUGUGGCGUCAGUCGGAAGUAAGCGAAACGCGACUUUCGCUAAUUUCGAUCGGACCGUUCGGUGAGGUGUCGUCCAACCCGGGCCAGCGGUCGUUCGUUGCGUUGUUGCGUGAGCUGUUGGUGUGGUUCGAAAGUACGCGGUUUAUGCGCGAGCUGGAUUGUCUGUGCACGGUAAAGCUCAUACCAAGAAAUGCCGAAAAUAUGGACGACUUUCUCUGCAGGAAGCUGCUGUUCGAAGCGUCACGCCGAUUUUUUCGGUUCCUCAUCAAAAUCGGUACCGGAUUCUACCCGACCGAGCUGACCGUGUCCGACUGUUUGCGGCUGUUCCGGUCCAUGUCCUCCGUGCGCGAUCUGUACGGCAUGCUAACGUUACAGAACGGUCACCUGCAGCCGGUUGGAUCACCGAACUGGGAAGCGCUCGCCGAACAGCUCGUAUCGCGCAUUGGCACCGAAACCGUCAAUUAUUCAACUAACAUUGUGCAGGUGGAAAUUACCAGUGAACAGCAGCGUGAAAUUGUGUACCUCACCGAUUCGACUGGGAAGCGAUGGCGGGCCCGGUACGUUAUACUGGCCGUGUCCUGCCGGGAUCUGCUGCACAUUAGCUUCCUGCCGACACAACCGCUCUGCUUCCAGCAGCCGAACAGUCAGCUGGGACUUUGGUCGAUGGCCAACUUUACCGUACGCUAUCCGGCUCCGUACUGGCGUGAUCACGGCUACACCGGUUGCAUUUUCAGCCCCACCCAGUCGCUAAUAUGCUACGAAUCGGGUCACAAUCAAUUAUCCGGCACCUACUUUUCGCCGUUGCGGGGCGUUGUCGACGAUACCGAACGACUGCUCAUACGCGACACGGUGCUCCGUCUGCUGCGCGUGCACUUCAACUGCCGAACGAUGCAGAAGCCACUGGAAUGUAGCAUGGAAAUUCAACCGAUACCGUUCUAUUUCGAUGUAUUCCCCACGUUCGAACGGUGCAUCAUAUUUGCGUCCACCAACGUGAGCUGCUGGUACCGGGGCUUCAUCAAUGGUUCGAUUCAGGGCGGAAUACGUGCCGCUAUUUUGGCGCUGCUAGAGAUCCGGCCACAAACCAUCACCUUCCGCGAGGUGACCGAUAUGCAGUGCAUACACUUUAAAUACUUUCAAACCCGAUCGGGCUACGAACGGUUCUGGUACUCGCUGAAUCUUGCCAGCGUUGGUCGGUUCGUGCUCGGAACCGGGGCGCUCCUGCUGACACUCGGUCUUUGCCGUAUGCUGCUCAAAACUGAGUUUUGGUUCAGCUGGUCUAGUGGUGAAAUGUCUGUUUAA